CUACAUUUGAACAGUUAAGCUGUCGAGGUGAUGCGUGUGCCUUAACCUCAGCCUCAGACCUGAGAAUCUUUUAUUUUUUGUUCAGAUUUUGCUCCCUUUAGGGUAGAAAUGGACACUGCAGCGUUCUUCAAUAAGCCGAUCUAUCCACAACCUGCAGACGGUCUGCUGGGACUGUCGAAGCAAAGCUGCUCUGAGAACAACCUCAAGUUUAUCUGUGAGUUUAAACAUGGACCCGGUUCCUCGCACACGUCUGCUGAUGAGGAUUCCGGCGUUGGUUCUGGUUGCGAGUCGGUUUCAGUCGUCCUCCCUGCACAGUGCAGCGUCUACCAGUUGCGGCUGCACAUCUGUAUGCAGGCACAGUUGCAAAGCUGCCAUCCAGACCCAUUUGCCAUACUGGACCCAGAGAAAUACACUCUGCUAUACGCCCGGGGGGACGACUGGUACGAGGCCUACGACGACUGUCAGGUUAUCAGGACCUUAGACAUUCCUUGGUCGUAUGACGACUUGCAGUGUCUGUCGGCACACAUACUGGUCAAAGCUCUGGUCGCCGUUGAUUCCGAGGUGAAGAAGAAGCAGCAGCAGUGUCUGACUUAUCUGAUUGGACACGACCUGGAGAAAGAAGCGUCCGACAGACUCGGCGAACUCACAUUCACCCGCAGGAAACUGGCAUCUCCCAGAAGACAAGAGCUGAAGGAUCGGGAUGACAAGUUGUACGCUACAGAACCUUGGAUAACAUCUGCCCCCAUACCGGCCAACCUACAGGACUGGCUGAGCAGACAUUUUCCUGUCAGCCUCCAUUACAUGAACAAGCUCAGCUUCAGCAUACAGGUGGACUUGAGUACAACGCCGAGUGUUCUUAUUACAUUUUUCAGAAGGGUCAUGUCAGACCAGCGGAUUGAGUAUGAUGCUUCUGAAAGUGUGGUGUUGAAAGUUUCUGGGAGAGAGGAGUUUCUAUCCGGAGACUACGCCCUCAGUGAUUUCCUCUGGGUUCGACAGUGCUUGACAACCAAUCAGGACCUCCACCUCUCCGUGGUUCCUGUGUCGCAGCUCGCCGAAGAGGCCGUCAAGUUCGUGGACUGGCCUCUGGUUGAUGGUUUCAGCGGCCAGUUCAGUUCCCACGACGAUCUCCGUCUGGAGGGGAAGGAUUUGGACGACAUCUUCAUGAUAUCCUUGUGGGACUGCAACAGAAAGCUCAGAGUCAAAUUGCUCGGCUUUGAUAUCCCAAAGCUUCCAAGCAAAUGCCCCCAGUCGGUUUACGUGGAAGCAUCCAUACUUUACGGAAACAAGGUUCUCUCUUCGGUGUCGUCCCCUCCCAAGCCCUUUGCAGAUGAAGUGUUGUGGAACGAGUGGCUGGACUUUGACGUUCUCCUCAGGGACCUGCCUCGUGGAGCCAAGCUGGGUCUCACUAUUAAUGCAAGCGGUACUGACGGUUCCCCAAUAACCAAAGACCCAAGAGCUUCAGUCAUCAGAGAUCCAAAGCCUUCUAUCAACAGAGACUCGAAGGCUUCGACCACAAGAGAGUCAAAGUCACCAUCAUCCACAAUCCCUAAGGCACCAGACCUGCAGAAGGGGAAAGGGAAGGUGCUCUACUUUGUCAAUCUUCUCCUCAUAGAUCACAGAUCCGUCCUGAGCCAGGGCUCCUACAGUCUUCACAUGUGGUCCUACCCCGACGUGGAGGAUGAAGCCGUCACCUACCAGGCAGACAAGCUGUCCUCCGCUACUAAUCCAGACAUAACCGAGUCAAUGGCUAUUAGCUUCCUUCUGGACCGCUACAGCUUCCCGGUGGUCCUCCCGAACACCUUCAGUCCCUCUGAGGACUCUGACAGCCCCUCAUCUGACCAUUCCCCAACCACAUCUGCUGCCUCCUCACUGCCGUCCACCUUAAGCAGCGCAGAUUCUUCCUCUUUGACGGUGACUGACACUGCAAUCCCCAGAUCCCCAUCUCCAGCCAUGAACAGACCUUGCCUGAGAAGGUUCCGGCAGGAGAGCAUCCACUAUGCCUCCAGCCUGCCCCAAUACCUGCGAAACAUUGAUUGGAUGAACCGCAAAGUGGUUGAGGACGUCCACUGGCUGCUGGGGAACUGGGAUCCCGAGGAACUGGAUGUAACUCUGGCCCUGGAGCUGCUGAGCAUGGACUUUGCAGACGAGAAAGUCAGAAGACUGGCGGUCCAGAGACUGGAGAGCCUGUCCAAUGACGACGUACUCAAGUAUCUGCUGCAGCUGGUGCAGACCCUUAAAGUGGAACCUUACCACGACAGUUUCCUCGCUCGGUACCUCAUCCAGAGAGCUCUGCGGAGCAAGAGGAUCGGCCACUUCUUCUUCUGGUACGUCCGCAGCGAGGUGGCCGGCUGUCCGUACUUCCGGCAGCGCAUGGCGGUGAUCCUGGAGGCCUACCUGCUGGGCUGCGGCCAGGCCAUGCUGGACAGCUUCGGCCAGCAGGUCCAGGCUGUGGAGGCCCUGCAGGAGGUGGCUCUGGUCAUCAAGAGCCUCUAUCCAGACAAGACGGACCUCGCGCCUACCGCUCCUCUCCGGCUUCAGGAGCUGCUCAGAACCAGCAAGCUGCCCGACCAGUUCCUGCUGCCCUUCGACCCUCGAAUCAAAGCUGGAAGGAUCCUGCUGGACAAAUGCAAAGUGAUGGCGUCCAAGAAGAAGCCUCUGUGGCUGGAGUUCUCUCCGAUGCCGUCGCCGACUCCAGCGACGCCGGUGGGAAUCAUCUUCAAAGAGGGGGACGACCUCCGACAGGACAUGCUGGUCAUUCAGACGCUGGUGGUGAUGGACUCCAUCUGGCAGGAGAAGUCUCUGGAUCUGAACCUUAUUCCGUACGGCUGCAUCUCCACCGGACACAACAUUGGUAUGAUUGAGAUCGUGAGGAACGCGGCGACCAUCGCUGCCGUUCAGCGGAGCCACGGAGGAACGACGGCAGCCUUCAGGAACGACGCGCUGUUCGAGUGGCUCAAGUCCAAGUGUCCGCUCCAGGAAAUAGUGAGUAACUUUGUGAAGUCCUGCGCCGGUUACUGCGUGGCCACAUAUGUUCUGGGAAUAGGAGAUCGACACAACGACAACAUCAUGAUCACAGACCAAGGAAACUUGUUCCACAUCGACUUCGGCCACAUCCUGGGAAACAGGAAGCACUUCCUCGGCGUCCGGCGGGAGCGAGUGCCGUUCGUCCUCACGCCCGACUUCCUGUACGUCAUGGGGAGGGUGAAAGGUCGCAACAGCCUCUACUUCCAGCGGUUCAGGGACACCUGCACCCAGGCCUACCUGUCCCUGCGCUCCCACUCCAGGCUGCUGGUCACCCUCUUCUCCCUGAUGCUGCUCACCGGCAUCCCCGAGCUGAGCGCCGCCGAGGACAUGCGCUACCUGCGGGAGGCGCUGCAGGAGGAGCAGACCGAGGCCGAGGCCAAGGAGCACUUCCUCCAGCAGAUCACCGAGUGCGAGCAGCUGGGCUGGACGGUGCAGGCCAACUGGUGGAUCCACAUGGUGGCCGGCAUCAGGUAGAGCGCUGGGGCCAGUUCCAGCGGCUCCACAAAACGCUGAUUUGGUCUUUGUGUUUUUUUAUCACUCGUGACUGCUGAGGGACUGUGGCUGGAAACUGCAGCAGAGAAUCCAGCAACCUUUGUCUUGUUAAUGCAUGAAAUGUGCAGUUUAUGUAGUUUCACUCAAAUCAGAAGCAACUCCUGCAGCCAUAAAUAUGUAAACAUGCUUCUAAUGUAAAGCAUUUAGACAAAUUUAAUUUCACACAUUUGCCAGUUUGUCAUGUUUUUGACCUGAUAGGAUGAAGGUUUAUUAAUCCACGAGGAAAUUCUUUUGCCAGUUGUUGCUCCGAACACAAAACGACACAAUAUUUGGAAAUGUAGCGCCUAGUAGAAAAGCAAUAAGACAUAAGAAUGAACUAAAAUAAGGCUAAAAUAUAAAAAGUAGGAAGUCAUAAUGAUCCUAACACCUCACAUGAUGAUGACAAAUUGCACAUGAAAUUUAGAUAUUGCAAAAUAUAACACAUUAAAUUGGGAUAUUGCACGUGACUAAAAAAUAAAUAAAUGCUGCAGAUGAAGUUGAAAUAUUGAACUUUUGCCUUCGAGCUUUUAAUGAAAGUAGAAAGUUAUGAGCAGGUUCUUCAGUUUAUAGGGAAAAAAAUCCCAUCAAUAUUUAAGGAAUCCCUCAAAAAAAAAUUCUAUCCGUGAACAGAGAAGUGUGGGAGAUUAUUUAAAAUGAGAAGUUGUGAUGCUUUUUAUAUUUUUUUUAUGUUAGGAGUGAAUUCUUUGUGGUCAAGAAUGAAAAAAAUACAAAAUCUCAGAAAUCUAGAAGCACGUUUCUGACAACACUUGUCAUGUCAAAUGAUUUUUGCAAGUUUUCAUUUUUACAUAUCGACAUGUUGUUCUAAGAGCAGCUUUGUUUCUGUGUGUGUGGAUGAAACUCUGUCGUCCUGGAGCUUAAAUAAUUGCACCGGGAGGAGCCGCUGACCACCUGGUGAAAAGGUGACGUCCUGAAACUUUGUUCUGUUUUUAUUUGGAAUAAAAGCCUGAGCUGUGCUGUCUUUAA